AUGGCCUUACAGAAAAAGUUGUCCACUAACGAAUUCGAGUUGAUCUCGAUUAAUAAAAUGAACAACAACAGCAGCAUUACCAACAACGCUACUACGAACAACGAUCCCAACGGGAACGGAAUUACAGGUAUCAUCAGCAACGGUGGAAACAACAACGGUAGCAACGUUAACAACGCCGGCGUCAAGAUGCAACCGAAAAAGAUUCAAUUUAGUACGCCGGAGUUUAGCAUUACGCCGAUUGAGACGCUACCCGGAAGUACGGCUCGGCCACCACCAAGUCGAAGAAGGGAGGAAGCCAUCGUCAUGGCCAACCUUCGGAAACGGGUUGCCGCAGUCGAUCUGAACAAGGCGCCUCGCAGAAACAACACCGCCACCAAUUUGGAUGACAUCAACUUUAAUGACACCGGGCAAACCCAGGACCAGCUGGACAACCGCCCGCUUCUGCCCAAAUCGCUGGGCCAGUCGACGCCGGACCGUAAGGAUCGGCAAAAGAAUGGCACCAAUGACGGUGGGGAGGAAUCUCCGAAAGUGAAGGUGGUCAUGGAUAAGGAUUUCAUCUUCGAGUGUUUGUGCUGGCACAACGAAUACCGGAUGCGACACGGAGCGCCCGCUUUGAGUAUCUCCUCCGAGCUGUGCGAGUACGCUUCCGCGUGGGCCAACCAUCUGGCCAGUACGAAUGAGUUGUACUACCAGAGCGGUGCCACAUAUGGGCAGAAUAUUUUCUGCUGUCCGGCGAACUCGUUGCUGACGGAUCUUUCGGGUCAAGAGGUGGCCACUUACUGGUACAGUACCAACCGACGGUAUGACUACUUUAAAGAAAGUCACCUGCUGCACACCAACGUUAACACCGGACACUUCAGUCAGAUGGUGUGGCGGGCGAGCAAGUACUUCGGUGUCAGCAAAUCCAUUUCCAAAACGGGCAAACUGUUUGUGGUGGCGUAUUACUAUCCGGCCGGCAACGUGAUGGGCGAGUUCCGGCAGAAUGUUCUGCCACCCAUCGUGGCCACCGAUGAUCCCCACCUGUCGCGACCACCCUCAAGCAAGGACCUGGAAAAUCUGACUGCUUCCCACUGA